AUUAAUUAUAUCUCAGACUCAUUUCAUCUUUUCUUACUAGGCGAGCUUCUGAAGAAGAAACCGGUGAUUCAUCGCCUUAGAUCACUCCCAGAUUCACAUUGCCUUUCUUCUAGCCGCUGAGAUUGUUACCUGGAAAGCAAAUCAAAAUGGUAGUGCUUGCUGCUUCCAUUGUGGUCAAGUCUGGAAAAGUGCUUAUUUCCAGACAAUAUGUGGAUAUGUCCCGUAUCAGAAUUGAAGGUCUACUUGCAGCUUUUCCUAAGUUGGUUGGAAUGGGAAAGCAGCAUACCUAUAUUGAGACAGAGAAUGUGCGAUAUGUAUAUCAGCCUAUUGAAUCUCUGUUCCUGCUUCUUGUUACAACUAAACAGAGUAACAUUCUAGAAGAUCUGGCCACCCUCACUUUGCUCUCCAAACUUGUACCUGAGUAUUCCAUGUCAUUAGAUGAAGAAGGGAUUGUCAGGGCUGCUUUUGAGCUGAUAUUUGCAUUUGAUGAAGUCAUAUCUCUUGGGCACAAGGAAAGUGUGACAGUUGCCCAGGUGAAGCAGUACUGUGAAAUGGAAAGUCAUGAAGAGAAGUUGCAUAAACUGGUAAUGCAGAGCAAGAUCAAUGACACUAAAGAUGUGAUGAAGCGUAAGGCUAAUGAGAUUGACAAAAGCAAGAUUGAAAAGAAUAAGCCUGGAUUUUCAUCCAUGAGCUCAAUGGGAUCUGGAAGACUUGAAAGUAGUUUCAAUGAUUUGAGCAUAUCCAGUGGUGGUGGCGGUGGUUUUGGAAGUGGUUCUGGGUUUGGCAUGAUUUCAGAUGUUGAGCCUAUCAAUACCAAACCGAAAGAUCGAUCACGGUCUUCUGUUACUGCUCCUCCUAAGAGUUCUGGCAUGAAACUUGGCAAGUCUGGCAAGAACCAGUUAAUGGAGUCCCUUAAAGCAGAAGGUGAAGACAUCAUUGAAGAUGUUAAGCCUACUGGCCAAUCCAGAGCAGCUGCCCCACCUCCAACUGAUCCGUUCACUUUGACUGUUGAAGAGAAGCUCAAUGUUGCAUUGAGACGAGAUGGUGGAGUCAGUAGCUUUGAUAUGCAGGGAACCUUGUCACUUCAAAUUCUUAACCAAGAAGAUGGAUUUGUCCAAGUCCAGAUUGAAACUGGUGGAAAUCCUGAAAUUCUAUUCAAGACUCAUCCCAACAUCAACCGAGAUAUGUUUAAUAAUGAGAAUAUUCUAGGGCUGAAGAGACCUGACCAGCCAUUUCCCACUGGUCAAGGUGGAGAUGGUGUUGGUCUUCUCAGGUGGAGAAUGCAAAGAGCAGAAGAGUCAAUGGUGCCACUAACGAUCAACUGCUGGCCUUCAGUCUCUGGAAAUGAGACAUAUGUCAGCCUCGAAUAUGAAGCCUCAGCCAUGUUUGAUCUGACUAAUGUCAUCAUCUCCGUACCACUUCCUGCUCUAAGAGAUGCACCAAGCGUUAGACAAUGCGAUGGGGACUGGAGGUACGACCCAAGAAAUUCUGUUCUGGAAUGGUCUAUACUUCUUAUCGACAACUCCAACCGCAGUGGGUCAAUGGAGUUUGUCGUGCCACCAGCGGAUUCAUCGUCGUUCUUCCCCAUCUCUGUUCAGUUUGCAGCCACAAGUACUUACAGUGGCUUGAAGGUGACUGGAAUGAUUCCUCUGAGAGGUGGUGGUGGUGCGACUCCAAGGUUUGUGCAGAGGACGCAGCUGAUUGCUCAGAAUUACCAAGUCGUAUGAGAAGCUCUUUUGAGUUUCUCGUUUUGGAGCCUCUGCUAUGUUUAAUUGCUUCUAUACUAUCGGUCUGGUCUUUUGAGUUUCUCUCAUAUUUGUAUGCCAAAAGUUGAAUCUUAAUAUUCUGGGAUUUUGCUAGUUUCGUUAUCAACUUACUACUAAGACAUUAUACAUAUUCAUAACUUUUGUUUUUGCCAACUUCUUUCUCAAUGUUAUUGAUAUAUGCUACCCAUACAA